AUGGCCAUCUACAAAGACGAUGCUCCUAACGUCUUAGGAGGCGUUGUGACCUUGAUGAUUUUCGCCUACGUAACUUUCGCUCUCCGAGUAUGGGUUCGACAUGGAAAGACGUGGGGAAGCGAAGAUUGGGUCAUGACCUUCGCAACUAUCCCAUUCUCCGUCCUGACAAUAAGUUGCAUUCUUGCUGCACUUAACGGCGUUGGUGUCCAUGCCACGCACCUCAAGGAACCCGGAAAUGAGCAAUACCAAACACUGGGCUUGAUGUACUUCUUUCUCUUCGAGGUCUUCUACUGCGCAGCCAUUCUACCCAUCAAGCUUUCGAUCUCCCUAAUGCUGAUACGAAUCGCACAAAAUCGAAAAGGAUACAUUUAUUCUCAGUGGGCUAUGAUGGUCCUCUUCUUUCUAGCGGAUGGCGGUGCGCUGUUUUACAUCAUCUUUCAGUGUACGCCUGUAUCUUACGCCUGGAACACCGAUCAAGAUGGGUCUUGUCUCCCGGCCGCAUAUCUCGCCGACGUUUACUACGCUUGCACAGCGGUGAACAUACUCACGGACUGGGUUACCGCCCUGCUGCCUAUUCCAUUAUUAUGGCAUGUUCGGCUUGAGCGAAGUGAGAAGCUUUCAGUUGCAGCAAUUCUCGGACUGGGCAUUUUUGCAAGCUUGGCAGCGUGCAUCAGAUUGAACUACACAAUCAAUCUUACCGAUUCCGCGGACUAUUUGUACUCGGUCUCCAAUAUUGUGAUAUGGGGUUAUGGAGAGAUCGCCGUAGGAAUGUUUUGUGGGUGCCUCGCGACCCUCAGGCCGCUUUUCCGAAAAAUGUUCCGUCUAGGCUCCCUUGGCACAUCCGGACAAAAGCCCACAGGUGGCGCGUCGAACCUACCAUUUCCCCAGAACUCGAGAAAGACCUACGAGCAAUUCUCAAAUGGGCGAGAUGUCGAGAUGGGAAAUAUGGGGACUGUCAGUAAUGCUUAUAAAGGGCCCGCCCAGGAUUCCGAUGAGAACUUCCGUGCUAGCAGUAUGUCGAGUGAACCCGAUAGCAUGGACCAGAUUCUGUGUGAGGCCAAGAAGCAUGGGAUGGGUAAUAAGAGCAUUGUUGUGAGUCGACAAGUUAAUGUCGACCGUUCUGCGGCUUAG